GGGCCCACGCACGCGCGCUCUCCGGCAGGGCCGCCGCGCUCUCGCGAGACUAGGAGUUUUGGCGAGAGUUUGUGGAAGAUGGCGCCUGUUGUGACAGGGGACUGAGAUUCUGUUGGCAUGCUGAUUUUUCAAGCUGAUAUCUGUUUCAGUUGAUGAGGACUUGCUUUCUGAAGUAGACUGGAGCAGUUCAGGAUCAUGCAAUAUAAAGAUGUGAUGGUGCAUGGUCAGUGGAAUCUGUUCUGGAGCAGGAAAUUUGGUGAGCGACCACAACCUAAACGCCUCACCAGGGAAGCUAUGCGAAAUUAUUUGAAGGAGAGGGGUGAUCAAACAGUGCUAAUCCUCCAUGCAAAAGUUGCACAGAAGUCAUAUGGAAAUGAAAAAAGGUUCUUUUGCCCCCCUCCAUGUGUGUAUCUUAUGGGUAGUGGAUGGAAGAAAAAAAAAGAACAAAUGGAACGGGAUGGUUGUUCUGAGCAAGAGUCACAACCAUGCGCUUUCAUUGGAAUAGGAAACAGUGACCAAGAAAUGCAGCAGCUAAACUUGGAAGGAAAGAACUAUUGCACAGCCAAAACAUUGUACAUAUCUGACUCAGACAAGAGAAAGCACUUCAUGUUAUCAGUAAAAAUGUUCUAUGGCAAUAGUGAUGACAUCGGUGUGUUCCUCAGUAAACGGAUCAAAGUCAUCUCCAAACCUUCUAAAAAGAAACAGUCACUGAAAAAUGCAGACUUAUGUAUUGCAUCAGGGACAAAAGUGGCACUAUUUAAUAGACUUCGAUCCCAAACAGUUAGCACAAGAUACUUGCACGUAGAAGGAGGUAAUUUCCAUGCCAGUUCACAACAGUGGGGAGCAUUUUACAUUCAUCUCUUGGAUGAUGAUGAAUCGGAGGGAGAAGAAUUCACGGUGCGUGAUGGCUACAUUCAUUAUGGACAGACUGUCAAACUUGUGUGCUCAGUUACUGGCAUGGCACUCCCAAGACUGAUAAUUCGAAAAGUGGAUAAACAGACAGCGUUAUUGGAUGCAGAUGAUCCAGUAUCACAGCUCCAUAAAUGUGCGUUCUACCUUAAAGAUACUGAGAGAAUGUACUUGUGCCUUUCCCAGGAGAGAAUAAUCCAGUUUCAAGCCACUCCAUGCCCAAAGGAACCAAAUAAAGAGAUGAUUAAUGAUGGAGCUUCUUGGACAAUCAUUAGUACAGAUAAAGCAGAAUAUACAUUUUAUGAGGGGAUGGGACCGGUACAUGCUCCAGUAACACCUGUGCCUGUUGUAGAAAGUCUUCAAUUGAAUGGUGGUGGGGAUGUAGCAAUGCUGGAACUUACAGGACAGAAUUUCACUCCAAAUUUACGUGUGUGGUUUGGGGAUGUGGAAGCUGAAACCAUGUACAGAUGUGCAGAGAGCAUGCUGUGUGUCGUUCCAGAUAUUUCUGCAUUCCGAGAGGGUUGGAGGUGGGUCCGUCAGCCAGUCCAAGUUCCAGUAACUUUAGUCCGUAAUGAUGGCAUAAUCUACUCUACCAGCCUUACCUUUACAUAUACACCAGAGCCAGGGCCACGACCACAUUGCAGUGCUGCUGGAGCAAUUCUCAGAGCCAACUCAAGCCUCAUGGCUUCCAGUGAAACAAAUACAAACAGCGAGGGAAGUUACACAAAUGCCAGCACAAAUCCAACCAACGUCACAUCAUCUACGGCAACAGUAGUUUCCUAACUACUGUUGUUUGUUUGGACUUUAAUUGACUCUCAUGUGCUACAGGCAAGAAAAUGGAACAAUUUUUGUGGGUUCAUGGGAAAACAGCUUUCCAUUCUAAGUGAUAUUAUUUGAACUAUGUUACCUGCAAGUGCUGAUCUUAAAAAAAUAAGAAGCCACAAUAAAAAAAUACAUCUGAAAUGUAAGAACUUUAUUGAAAAUCUAUUUUUCAGCUGUUUUUUUAAUGGGCAAGAAAUAGAAGUGUGGCUGGGAUACAAGUUAAGCAAACUAGAAAACAUGAACACAACAUAGUUUUUACGGACCAAGGAACUUGUAUAAGCUUUAGUAUAAAAGGUACAUUUUCACCAUACCUUUUUUGUAUCACAACAUAUAGUACACUUUUGUUACCAAAUAGUUUCUAUUUUUUUUCCUCUGAGCUUUUGCUCUGAAGUAUAUUCAGGUUCCAAGCCUGACCAUGCUUGUAUAAUCUAAUUACCAUACUCUUCCAGUUUAAAAAAAUAUAUAUAUUUUUGGUCUGUGGCUGGAACUGUUCCUUUUUUUAAACUGAAGUCUUGUGACUUUUUAUGAACUGAAAUUGUUUUUAUUUCAGCAAGUAGAACCUUGUAAAGGCCAGCAUAUUUUUUUUAAGAUUAUAUGAAGUCUGUGCAAAAGCUUUAAAAAAAUGCCUCUGCCUUGCCUGCAAUACAUGCAAUGUAUGUUAACUUUAGUGCUCUGUUUUCAGUCAUUGUUAAUAGUUAUUUCCAUGUUUUCCUUUUUUAAAAAUAUGUAUUUAUAGUGAUAAUUCAUGAGGUUCUAACAUUACAUGAGUUCAAAAAAUGUGGCAUCUCAAACGGUCAUAUUGAUGAUUGUUUGUGUCAUAAGCAUACAUUGGUGUUUUGAAGGGUUUAUUUCUGGGUUCUUCCUCCUUCCCACCUCAAAGUCAAAAAGCAUCACAAAGUGUUUCACUAUCUGUUCAGGUUUUUUCUAAUCUUGUACAUAAGUUGUAUUAAGUGUAAGUUAAAUGUUUUAUUUUCUAAGUGGGAUGUUCCCAGUUGCUUCAUUUGGCAGCAUGUCUUCUGUCUUGUUGGCAUGUAUCUAAAUACCAUGAGAAGUAUUUGCUACAAAUGGGAUUGGUAGGUAAUGCCCGUCAUCCUUACACAAUCAGAAUUGCAAAAAAAAAAAAAGCGGGGGGGGGGAGGGGGUUCUUUGAUACUAUUCAGUGAAUUAGGCCAGAUAUUAGUGUAAUCCUUGUACUGAGAACAUGCUUUCAUUGUGAAGUGAUCAUACCAUAAUAGCUAGAAGUAAAAUUUAUUACUUAGAAAAAGGCAAUUAGAAGAUUAGAAAAGCACUGUAAAGAUGUCAACUCCUCCCAUCUGUAUUUCUGUGGGGUUUUCUCUUUCCCUGCCAACAGCAAGUGCAAUGCUAAAAUCUUCCCUCCUUCAUAAAUUUAAUGCUCAGUUGCACUUUGACUUGUUGGUUUUUCUUUUAUUCUGGACUUACCAUUUUUAUCCCUCUGUAAAACUGAUUGCUUUGAACAUAUUUGAAAACCCAUCUCAGUGGUGUUGCAGUCACCAAAUAAAGACAUAAGCCUGAGAUAUGGUCUAAUGUUAGUGCAACGUUUUCCUUAAAGAACAAAGCAAAAAAAUGGGACCUUUAUAAGAGCUCAGCCUCUACCAUCCCAUAAAACAGGGACUACAACUACUAUGUAAAUGAGUCUGAGGCUUCCUACCAGGUUUUCUUUUCCUUUGACAAAUUUCAUAGGUUUCUAUUCACUACUUUUAUAAUACCCAACGUUAACACCAGCACCAUUUUAAAGCAUUGCUUCUCUUGCACCAUAUUUGUCUUCUCUGAUGCUGUUUUACUCGUUUGCCUCAGCUGUUCCUUUGAACAUUGUUAUUUUUGCGACUUUGAAGACUGAAGACAGUGUGGUUAAAGGAAGAAAUCAUUUGUAAAACACGUUCAGUCAGUUGUUAAAUCAGUGCCACUGUCCUAAUAUGUGCUUGUACUCUGCCACCAGCCUUCCUGUUCACUAUUUUAUAUUAUGUAAUCUAUCCCUUAUGACACUGUUACAAAUGCUGGUUCUUAAAACUAGCAAAUACUGCCUCGCCUCAUCUCCCUUCAGUGACCAAGGGCAGAAUCCAUUGUGGCCUUAUCUCUGUUUUAAACUGUUUACUGGCAUUUACUUGCAAACCUGUUUACUUGUCUGUGUGAUAUUUAAUUUUCUUUCAGUUGUGUUGGGGCAGAAAUCAUUUCACAACAUUUUUGUUAGAAGUAUAAGCAUUUUACAGUACUGUUUAACUUAUGGGCCACAAAUUUUCUUCACUUAUUCUGAGGAUUAACUUAAGUGAUUAGUAUUGGAUUUACAAUAAUAAGGAACAAACCAUUGCAUACAUAGCAAAUAAAACCAUAACAAGCCUUUUAACCUGCAAGGAAUGUUUUUAAAUAGCUUUUUGAACCUUGAGAGACAUCUGCUUUUAUAUUCUUUAUUUUAAAAUGGUUUUUUUACAUGUAAAUGCAAUACUUUUAUAUUCAAUUUCUUUCCUUGCAAUAAGUUUGCGCAGUGGAGUAUAUACAAUAUUACUGGACUUCUAAAGAAUCUUACAAACUUGACAUGUUUUGCCUAUCUUUUGCCAUUCUAGACACUACAAUCUAGUGGAUGAAAAAAGACAUUAAAUUCCAUUUCAGCAGUACCUAAUCACAUGCAUUUUUUUUAGAAACUUGUUUUUGUUGGCUUUUUUCUGCAAUUGUGGCUCUUUUGUUUCCAGUAAAUACUUUGUAAUACAGGAAUUGUCUUCCAGAUUUGUACUAUUGUUAAGAAAGAUGUUCGUGUAUAGUUAAGUUGUUUGACGUUAAGUUCAAGCAACUUACUUGCCUAAACUCUUUCCUGUGGGUGGCAUUGUUACUUUUAUUGGCACAGUGAGUUAUUAAUCCUUUCUCAUGAUUUUAGCAAUAUCCCAAGGAUGCUAAAAAUUUUCAAGUAAGCUACUUAUCAGCAUUUUCAGUACAAAACUGUACAACUGUUCAAAUCUAGCUGUUAAGUCUUGUCUUCUCUUAUUUCUAAAAAUAUACGUAGAAUUUGAGUCUGUCUUCAGAAUGUUUUUUUUUUUUAUAAUUCCAACUAAUAUGAUGAAAAAGCAAAUUAAAUUCUCAGCUGUAGCAAUGCUUUCUUUAUUUGGAGCUAUUUCAAAAUUCAACACUAGUGUAAUAUUGAAUAUCCUGCUGCUGACAUUUUCCUAAUUAUUUACAUCUAACUGCUCCCCUACAGCUGUCUGUUUCUGUUAACAAUAUGCGUUAUUUCACUUCUGUUUUCAUUGCACAGACUUAUAAGAGAUUAUAAUGAUUACCUGAAAAGGCAUGAACCUAAGUAAAUGAAACCAUAAAUACCCCAAGCAUAAAAAAUUUCUUAUACAAACCGAACAAGAGUGAAACAAAUGAGCUACCCACCUUAGACCAAAUAACUCCAUAGAGGUGCCCAUUUUGAAACAAAAUGCUCUUCAAUUAUUAACCAUAUUAUUUACUUUUUCUUUCAAAAGCAGCUGUGUUUAUGAGUACUGAACAAAUGUGUAUACUUUCCUGUGCCAGACUUUUGACUUUGUUUUCAAGCACUGUACUGUGGGAUUGAGUGGCAGCUUUGUUAGAAAUAAUAAUAUAUUAGGGUUAACCCUUUUAGGACUGAACUAUUUUCUCCCUUCAUAAAGUUGCAAAAAAAAAAAAAAUCCAACUUUGUAAAUGUUUACCUAUUUUCAAUACUGCAUUGGUCCAGAUGCAAGUGCUGUGCUUAUUUUUCAUUUUUCUUUAACUUUGCAGCACAUGUAUCUAUUCAAUCCGAAAAGGGUUACAAUUUACAAACUGUGCACCUGUAAAUUUUCCUAGCAAUAAGGUAGAAAAUUGAGCAAGUUUUUACCAUAAUUUUGUAGAAGAAUAAAUUGCUUGGUUCCAUAUUUCAUCAAGAAAAACCUGCAACAUGGUCAGUUUUGAGGAAUAAAUAAAAGUGAAAAUGUAAACCACGUAAAGGUGUUCUGUCAAGUGUACUCUCUGUGUGUAUGUGCAUAUAAUAUUUGAUUUCUAUUUCUUACAUAAGGCUGCAGUCAAGAUAAAAUGUCAUGUUACUAUUCAUGUGACAAACUUUUACAUCUGUAUGAUGAUGAUGAUGAUACUAUUAGAUAGUAAUAUGAUUUUAAUCACAAUUGUUGUUGGUUUGCCAUAUUUUUGCUGACUUUUAAUGUUAUACAAGAAAUCAGAUUUUUAGCAGAUGAACAGUGAGGUCAUCUUGGAACCAGAUCAACCGAAGACUCAAGCCCGGGAGUGGAAAAAUCGUCAGUAGUUAUGAGGGCCUGCACACUGGACUCCACUUUAAACUGGAUAUGGAAUGUCCACACACACACCUGGUUUCAAAAUCUAAAUCUGUUUCUCUAUGGCUUGUAUAAUUGCUGGAGUUAGACAAGAGACUGUUCUUUUUUUUCCCCAAUAAUGUAAAAAAUGAACCGGUUCACUUUUUUUGAUAUUAUUUAUUAAAUAAGGAAAAAUGAA